UUGACAGUCGUCGCUUCCUGCCUUCACAGCAUCGUAAACGCCAUUGCUAGCGUAUUCAGCGCCAUCAUUGGUGGUAUCGCAUCCAUCUGCAAUGCUACCAUCUCCUGCAUCACUUGCCAGGGAUGUGGUGGUGGCAGGAGGGGUGGUGGUACUAGAGCGGGGCGGAUAUAGCCAAAGAGUAGAGU